AUGGCACAACAAAACAUUCGUUCCGCCGAUGGUUUGCUCAGGCAGGUUCCGGAUCCGGGCCAGGCUGUAGCACUGCCAAAGGAGGGCGAGGAAAACGUCUUGAUCACGUCUGCCUUGCCGUAUUGCAACAACGUCCCUCAUCUGGGGAACAUCAUCGGGAGUACCCUCAGUGCGGACGUCUACAGCCGAUCUUGUUCAGGGACACGAAACCGGAGAACGUUGUACAUUUGCGGAACUGAUGAGUACGGGACGGCUAGCGAGACCCAGGCUUUGAAGGAAGGCAUCACACCCCGGGAGCUGUGCGACAAGUACCAUGAGCUGCACAAAGAAACUUAUAAAUGGUUUGACAUUGGCUUUGAUUACUUUGGGCGGACCUCGACGCCACUGCACACAGAGAUCUGUCAAGAGGUGUAUCUCAACCUCGCGAAGAACGACUGUUUGGUAAAGCAGACGAAGGAACAGACUUACUGUGCAGGAUGUGAAAAAUUCUUGGCCGACCGUUUCGUGGAGGGUACCUGCCCACAUUGUAAUUCUGACGAUGCCCGUGGAGAUCAAUGCGACACUUGUGGUCGCACAAUCGACGCCAUCGAACUCAUCAACCCUCGCUGUCUCGUUGACAAGACGCACAAGGUCGUGUCCAGGUCGUCUGCGCACAUGUAUGUCAGGCUCGACGCCAUCCAGCCAAAAACGGAGGAGUGGAUCAAGAAAUCGUAUGCAGCCGGGAAAUGGUCCCCGAACGCCGUCAUCAACAAGGAGGGGCAGUUGGUAGAUGCUAGGAUCAAGUCCGGGCUCAGACCGAGCCCAGUUACACGAGACCUUCAAUGGGGAGUGCCAGUGCCGACUGCAGAGGGUGUAGACGAUCAGGGGAUGAAGGGCAAGGUGCUCUACGUCUGGUUUGAUGCCCCUAUUGGAUAUCCUAGUAUAACCGCAAACCUGACACCUGACUGGAAGAAAUGGUGGUUCAACCCGGAGAACGUCCGUCUUUAUCAGUUCAUGGGCAAGGACAACGUCUACUUCCACACCGUGUUCUUCCCAUGCAUCCAACUCGGUGACGGACGACCAUGGACCAUGUUGCACCAUCUUUCUACCACGGAGUAUCUCAACUACGAGGGCGGCAAGUUCUCAAAGAGUCAUAAUCGUGGUGUGUUUGGUCCGGCUGCGAAGGAGACCGGUCUACCGUCGUCAGUGUGGAGAUAUUACCUCCUGUCGACACGGCCAGAAACUGCAGAUGCCAUGUUCUCGUGGGCUGAUUGUAUCUCCGCCAACAACAACGUGCUCCUGAACAACUUCGGAAACUUCGUCAAUCGGGCUCUGAAGUUCAUCGCCUCUCAGUACGACGGCGUCAUCCCAGAAGGUCCCGAUGUCCCCGGCCCGCUUUCCCUCAACGACCCCAUCGACGCCGAAUUCAUAUCCGAGGCGAACCGUAUCAUCAAAGAUUACACCGACAAGAUGGACGGCGUCGAACUCCGUGAGGGUCUCCAUACCGUCAUGCGUCUCUCCGCCUGCGGCAACUCCUACCUCCAAGCCUCGGGACUGAACAAAGCUUUGAUGGCAGAGAACCCAGGUCGCUGCGCUCAGGUCGUGACAAGAGCUGCGAACUUGAUCUACGUCCUCUCAGCUCUGGUUUACCCCUUCAUGCCCGCUACGUCCGACGCUAUCCUCGCGCAGCUGAAUGCGCCCGCGAGGACGGUGCCGAAGGAGCUCUCCAUCGAUAUCUUGGCUGGACAUCACAUCGGAAAGCCGGAGCAUUUGUUUAAGAAGAUCGAAGAGAAGAUGGCGGAUAUUUGGAGAGAUAAGUUUGCUGGGUCGAAACCUGCUGUGGCGGCCAACGCGGAUGAGACACAUGUUGCGCCUGCGAUGUCGAAGAAAAAGGCGGCGGCACAGAAGAAGGCGGCCCAGAAGGCAGCUGCUGCGACUGGAGAGGAUAGUGCUGGUCCGAAGUCUGCUGAGGUGCUUGCUUGGGAGGCUAAAAUCGCGGAGCAGGGAGAGGUCGUAAGAGCGUUGAAGGGGAAGACACCAAAGACGCCGGAGUUGGAGCAGGAGAUCACGAAUGCCAUAACGGAGCUGAAGAAAAUGAAAGAGGAGUUGGCGGCCCUGUCGAAGUGA